GGGAGAUCACUGUAGCGUCAAGCUUUUUGACGACUGCGCAGACGGUGCUGUUUCGGCUGUUCUAAUUACUUCCGGCUGCAGGUGCGACCCAAAACUUUUAGACAGAAUCCCUUAAAGAAAUUAAAAUUAAAAUGUCUUUUUUUAUACGGAACGAUAAACCUUUAAAGAAACGGAAACUGCAGGACACAAAACGCCGCAAGGAUCGUAAGGACCUUAAACUGACACAAGAACCUACGGAGAGCAGCAAUAAUAAGCAGGAAGAAGAAAUUGAAUCUGACAGUGAUGUUGAAUACGACAAGUUACCAUCGGAUGAGGGUGGCUCAUCAGAUGAAGAAACAGCUCAGGAGAAAAAGAUUCGUCUGGCUAAAAAAUAUUUGGCUGAAUUGAAAAGUGAGGGUGUUGGAGAUGAUGAGGAUGGAAGUGAUGACGAUAAAAGAGAUGCGAUCAGUGACAGGUUGAAACAUGAUUUUUUAGAACAGAGUGGGAAACUCAACAAACAAGUUGCAGAUGAGUACCUUCCACCUGAAAGUUCUGAUAUCACAUACCUCAAAGGACACAAGCUACCAAUCACCUGUAUUGUAAUCACUCCAGAUAAUAACUACGUUUUCAGUGCUUCCAAAGAUUGCUCUAUUAUCAAAUGGAGUGUAGCGAAAUGUUCCAAAGUCCAUAAAAUUCCACGAGUGGAAAAGGGAGCCGAGGGUGUGAAAGUGGGUCACACGACACACAUAUUAGCACUAGCGAUAUCAUCUGAUGGAGAAUUUCUGGUGUCGGGUGACAAGAGUAAGUUAAUACACAUCUGGAAUCCAACCAAUUGCCAGCAUAUACAAACGUUUAAGGGUCACCGUGAUGCCAUCACAGGUUUAGCCUUCCGGAAGAAUACUCACCAAAUGUUUAGCUGUUCCCAAGACCGUUCUGUGAAAGUGUGGGAUUUAGACCAGAUGUCCUAUGUUGAAACACUAUUUGGCCACCAAGACACGAUAACCGGUAUCGACUCUCUGACAAGAGAGAGAGCUUUGACAUCUGGAGGUCGAGAUGGUUCCGUUCGUAUUUGGAAGAUUCUAGAAGAAUCGCAGUUGGUCUUUAAUGGUCACAAAGGAUCUAUUGAUUGCAUUUCACUAAUUAACGACUCGUGUUUUAUAUCUGGUGGAGAUGAUAAUUGUCUGUGCUUGUGGAAUGUGGCUAAGAAGAAGCCAGUAGCUGUCUGCGUAAAAGCCCAUUCUGGGGCAAAGGACGGUGUAAAUACAGUGGCUGGUGAAAACUGGAUAUCAUCCGUUGCAGCUAUGCAGCACACAGAUUUGGUUGCAUCAGGUUCUAAAGAUGGUUUCCUUCGUUUCUGGAAAUGUGGACAAGGCUUUAAGAAUCUCAAAUCUUUGUUUGCAGUUCAAAUUCCUGGAUUCAUCAAUUCCAUCCAAUUUUCCAAAGACGGGUCCUUCGUUGCGGCUGGCGUCGGUCAAGAACACAAAUCUGGCAGAUGGUGGCGAAUAAAAGAAGCAAAGAAUGCUGUUUGUGUAAUCAAGUUACGGACAUCUUAGUCCGUAACGAGAUUAAUUCUUCAAACUGUGUAAAUAUUUCGUCUUGUUUAUACAAAAUUGGACUCCACAAAUAAAAGUUGUACAAACAGACAGACAAAAAAAUAAGCAAUAUAUAAAAAAAAAAGGAAGCUAUUUUUAA